AUGAUGGCACGUGAAGCUGCUGCGCAGACAGCAGCAGCAAAAGCCCCCAGUGACAAACGAGGUAGGAUCGAUGCGAGCUCUUGCAUGCAAAGUAUUGUGUGCUGGUUUUCGGCAUGAAUGCGCCGCCAGACUACUUGGCUACGCUGAUAGGCGAUGCCCAGCUUCCGGGUGUGGAUGGCCACUUGCAUACCUUCGUUUCAGCCGACGACGUGCAGCGCCUCGUUGCUGUCUGCAAGCACCGGAACGAGCUCCUCAGCAAUGCCUAUGUGAGGACGCGCAUCACCAACUUCAUCCAAACCAACAACCUCGACAACAUUGUGCAGUUUCAGGUCUGCAGUACACGUGGCAGGCUGCUACUUAAUGACAAAAAGGCCGACGGGGGGGCGUGUGGUGCGUUCUUCGUGUGUGUUCAGGAGCCCAGCGUGUCGGCAUCAACUCGUCGCAUCAACGGUGAGAGUCGCAAGAGGUCCAAGCUGCUCAUGAUACUGUACCUGCUCGAGAACGGCGGCCGGUUCGCGGGCUGGGAGGGCGUGUUGGUCUACGCCAAGACGUGUGGCCGCCUCAAGACGCUGCCCAUCCCCAUCGGAGAUGCUGUGUGCAGCAUCAAGAAGGCCGUCUUCGACAGCCGUGCCGAGAGCAUCCGCGACUGGAUGAUCAUCAGUCAGCAGUUCCAGGGCAAGAGGGAGGUGACGCUGUCGCGCAGCAAGUGCGGCCUGCCGGGGGCCGAGAAGUACUAUCGGGAGAUGAUGGGCAAGCAGUGCAUGUCGGUGUUCGGGCAUGCCAUUCUGUACGACCCUGCUGGGCACGCGAGGCCCGAUGCCAUUCUGUACGACCAGGCAAGGAGAGGGAGGGGAGGGGAGGGGUCGAUCCGACCAACCUCUAUCUGUCUAAUGCGCGCUGUCAUGUGCUGUGCUGUCCUGUAUCUCGCCAUGCAGGUGCACGGGGGGCAUGAGAUGGGAGUGGCUGAGCUGGAGGAACUAUAUGAUGAAGCGGCUUAUCAGGAGGGUAACUACCCGUUAGUCCCCCAUCCGUUCGCGGACUUUGACCUGGCCGACCCGCCCAUCGCACGUACGUCUGCACGCACAUCGGUGGCUGGCAUAAGCGAGUGACGACACCUGUACUACUUGUGAUGUAUCUGUUGUGUGGUGCAUGGAUGCGUGCAGUCAAUGGCGACACAUAUCGCAGCAUUCGCGAUGCCGUAGUCAAGUGGUAGGCCGACUCUGGGGCUGACUAAUGUGCUGCUGAGUGAGCUGACUUGUACCUGCGUGGUUGUGUGUGUGUGUGUGUGUGUGUCGGUGCAGUUUGCAGGGUAAGUUGUUGGCGCAUGAGGUGAAUGGUGUGGGCCACCUGGGCGUACCCGGGAGCCCGAGGCUCCUCCGCACCGUGCAACUCUGCAGCCAGGUGUGGUGCACAGAUCUGCAUGCUCACACAUACUUGCACACAUGUCAUGUUUGUCUGCAGAGUCCCGAUGAAGCCCUCUGGGGCCGCACGAGGGUGAUGUCGACGAUGGGUGAUGACGUGACGUUCCGCACCAUCACGCUGAGCGGCGACCAACCCGGGGACCCCUUCAUCUGCUACCUCGAAGUCGUCGACUUGACAAAGGCACCUAACCCUGGAGACCGCGGCACCAUAGCCUGUCGUAAGCAAGCAAACAGGGAAGCAACGGCGCUCGCUUCAGACGGCGACUUGGUUGAUUAUUUCUUUCAUUCAGUGUACACGACGGAGGCCCAGCAGGCUGACGAUGAGCAGCCUGCCGAAGUGAAGUUCCCCCUGACCAUCCAGCUGGUUCGCAACACACUCGGCCAGCACGACGCUCACUUACUGCUCAACCUGUGAAUAGCUGACCCUCCCAC